CUCCUUUCCACCAGGAGAUGGCGCUCAAUCAACAAGCGCCUCGUGAAACAAACGCUCCGAAGAAGCACACUGACUCAGACCGAGGUUUCGUAUUUGUAGCAGAAAAAAAUAUUGGAGUACGGUGCUAUGGAGAACGGUGAGUGUAGUAGCCUGGAGUCCACAGAGACCGUCAGUGUUCAUGAUUUUUGUGAGAAGCUUCUGGAGCACGUGGUUCACUUCCAUGUGAUGAAACUCACUGAGGGGUUUUGGCUAUGGGUCGGAACCAGUCCUGUUCUUUCAAACCUGGCGGUUUCUAUGAGCAGCAGAUUUGACUCUAUGCCUUUGUCUACGCUGCUGUUGGGAGACUCAUCAGACACCACCCCGACUUCCUUAGCUCAGAGACUGACGAAGAAGACCAAGAAGCAGGUGUUCGUGAGCUACAACCUUCCGGUGACGGACUCUAAUCUAACCAUGUUAGUGGAGAACCGAAUAAAAAAGGAGAUGGAGCUCCAUCCUGACAAAUUUUAACCACAA